AAGGCCACCGCGGGGAGAUUAACGCCCGAUUCCUAUUUUCCCUCCCUGCCUCACGCGCGCUUACUUGGUGAGCGAGCUUUCGAGCGAAGGAGCGCGAGCGCAUUGCCCGCCGCGAGCUCUGGGAGGCGCGCGCGCGGGAGUGUGUGUGUGAGAAAGAGAGAGAGAGAAAGAAAGAGAUACUUUAUCUUUACCUUUCUCUGCCCUCCCCUCCUCUCCCUCCCCCCACUUUUACCCACCAUGCUCCGAGUCCGGACUUUCUUCUUCUGCUGCUCUUUCUAAACUCCUUCCUUCCACAGCGGAGUUGGAACUGUGCCUCCGCUUCUUUCGAAAAGAUGAGGCGCCGAGCAGCGGCGGGAAGGAGGCGAAGAAGCUGACGCGCGGGGCUCCCACCAUGAAGGGAGAGGAGGAGGAAGGAGAAGAAGAAGCGCCGUGUCCAGCAGCAGCUGCUGCUUCCCACAAACUUGCGAGGAACGGCUACGUGAAGGGCUGCGCGGCGGCGCCUCCGCCCCCGCCUCGGAGAAGCCUCUCGGGCCCGGCGCUGGGCUCGGCGGCGCUGCUCCUGCUUCUGCUGCCGCUCCUUCUGUGGGCGCUGCUGUCUGCUGGGGAGCCCGGGGCCCCGCUGUUGCUGCGCCUCUUGAGCCUGGGCCAGUGCCUGAGCCCGCUCUUCAGCCUGGCCUGCGCCUUCUUCUUCCUCACGGGCUACUUGUCCCGCGACGAGCCCGGGAGGUGGCUGCUGGCGCUGCCGCUGUGCUGCUUCUCGGGCGACGCGGUGGCGGCGCUGCACUGGUGGCCCGAGGGCGAGGCGGAGCUGCGGGCCGUGCCCGGGCGCCUCCUGGCCUCGCUGGGCGCCGUGGCCGGCCUGGCCCUCCUCCAGCGCGGGCUCCGGCUCCGGCGCAGCCUCCUCGUGCUGCUCUUCGCCGGACUCGUGUGGCUGCUCUCGCUCGCCGGACUCCGCUCCCUCCCGCCCGCCCUCCGGCCCUUGCUCUCCGCCGCCGCGGGCAUGGCCGGAUGCCUCCUGGCGCUCCUGCUGCUGCAAGGCAAGGGCCCGCGGCGCCGGCGGGGAGGACUCUUUCUCCCGGCGCCUUGCUGCUCCGCUCCACCGCAGCGGCCGCCCGCCGAGGAGAAGGUGCCCGUGAUCCGAACCGGCGGCGGCAGGAGGAGGUCCAGCUGCGUCUCCCUCGGCGAGACCACCUCCGGCGGCUACUUCGGCAGCUGCAAGAUGCACCGCAGACCCUCGCUGCCUUGCAUCUCCAAGGAACAGAUGAUUCUUUGGGACUGGGAUUUAACGCACUGGUAUAAACCUUACUAUCAGAAUGCUUGCAGUGGAAAUGGGAUUGAUCUUUCUAUACUAAACGAGACUCGCAACAUGGUGUCUGAUCUUCUGAAUGAUCCCGUCCUUCCCCCACAUGUGAUCUCUUCACUUCGAAGUAUCAAUAGUUUAAUAAGUACUUUCUCAGGCUCAUGUAAACCAAAGCUUAACCUGUUUACUCCCUUUCCGGGGUUUUAUCCAUAUCCAGAAAUGGAAGACUCACCUGAAAGAGGAGACCGUAAACCAUACAAGACAAUGAACAGCCGAAAUAGUUUACCAACUCCACAGUUAAGGCGGAGUUCAGGAGCAACAGGUUUACUGCCUAUUGAACCAUCUUCUAGGUGGGAUCGCAGUACUGGCAAGCGAGUACAUCUUGAGUAUAAUUCUUCAAGCCAAGGAUCUUACCCCAAUGGACCUCUUAACACAAACCUGUUGACAAUACCAAAACAAAGAUCAUCUUCAGUGACAUUGGCUCACAGUAUAGGAUCAAAACGAGCCGGAACGUCCCAGAAUCCAAUUCCUAUGACUUCUCCAAGUAGUGGAUUUAUCUUUGGUGGAUACCACAGGUCACCUGUAGAAUUUCCUGACACUGCUGAUUUUCUUACUAAGCCAAGCAUUAAUAUGAAUAAAUCUUUGGGAUGCACAUUUAGUUCUUCAGAGUUUCAGCAACAAAUUAGAACGUCUUCACAUUAUACAUGUAGCAGUUGUGGACGGCAGUUAUUCAAGUCAGUUGCUGCCUCAUUAUCUGAAUCUGUAGCAGAAUAUCAAAACCACAAAACAGGUGAAGAUGGAAAUACAGAUGUUUCAAAAGAUUCAGCUCACUUUAUAGAGAAACAGCAGAGUGAAACGGGAGAAAUAAAAAAUCACAAUAAUUGGAUGGAUCAGACUAAGAGUAAUUUUCUGGAGGAUGAUCAUUCAUUAGAAUUGAUGGCACUAGAAGACCAUGAUUCAUUGAUAGAGAAAAUGAACACUUGGAAUUUCCAAAUAUUUGAUCUUGUGAAAAGAAUGGGAGACAAAUCUCGAAGAAUUCUUAGUCAGGUUGCAUUCACAUUGUUUCAAGACACUGGUUUAUUUGAAAGUUUCAAAAUUCCAACUCGGCAAUUCAUGAACUACUUUCAAGCAUUAGAAAAUGGUUACCGAGACAUUCCCUACCACAAUCGAAUACAUGCAACAGAUGUUCUUCAUGCUGUGUGGUAUCUUACAACAAGACCAAUUCCUGGAUUUCAGCAAAUACACAGUGUUUCUGUGACAGGAGCUGACAGUGAUACAGAAAAUGGUAUUUUAGCUGGCCAUGUUUCCUAUGUUUCCUCCAAGAGCUGCACUAUUCUUGAUGAAAACUAUGGAUGCUUAGCUUCAAACAUUCCAGCCUUAGAAUUAAUGGCUUUGUAUGUAGCAGCAGCUAUGCAUGAUUAUGACCAUCCUGGUCGUACAAAUGCUUUUUUGGUAGCUACAAAUGCUCCUCAGGCUGUGCUAUAUAAUGACAGAUCAGUUCUGGAAAAUCAUCAUGCAGCUUCUGCAUGGAGCCUCUUUUUAUCUCAACCAGAAUACAACUUCCUGCCUAAUCUUGAUCAUGUACAAUUCAAACGAUUUCGAUUCUUAGUUAUUGAAGCAAUCCUUGCAACAGACCUCAAGAAACAUUUUGAUUUCCUUGCAGAAUUUAAUGCCAAGGUUAAUGAUAUAAAUGGUCAUAGUAUUGAGUGGAGCAGUGAGAGUGAUCGGCUGUUGGUAUGUCAGAUAUGCAUCAAGCUGGCAGAUAUCAAUGGUCCAGCGAAAGUUAGAGAUUUACAUUUGAAAUGGACAGAGGGUAUUGUGAAUGAGUUUUAUGAACAGGGAGACGAAGAGGCAAGUUUAGGAUUACCCAUAAGUCCUUUUAUGGAUCGACAUUCUCCUCAGCUUGCAAAAUUACAAGAAUCUUUUAUUACUCAUAUUGUUGGUCCCCUCUGUAAUUCCUAUGAUGCAGCCAGGUUGCUUCCUGGCCAGUGGGUUGAUGAAAAAGACAAUGAAAGUUCUGAUGAGUAUGAUGCAGGAGAGUUGGAUAGUGAAGAGGACGAAAUUGAUGACUUUGGCACAAAGCUACAAAGAAGAAAAAGACAGCAGAUAUUUUGUCAACUAAUACACCAUUUGAAUGAAAAUCACAAAAUAUGGAAGAAGAUAACUGAAGAAGAAGAACUAAAUAAAUCUGAAGAGAGUAAACAGGCAGAGAAUACAUCCUUAGGUCAAUCAGAUGAAAUCCAGGUUAUUGAGGAAGCUGAUGAAGAAGAGGAACACCAUCAAGGGGAAGAGAAAACAUUUUAAGAAGAACACAGUAUGAUAUAUAUCACCAGUCCAGACAGUAUAUAGUCUUUAGAUUGAGAUAGUUGCCAGAGCUAUGACAGUUCUGAAUACUGUGAAAAGACAACUAUUUCUCUAACAGCAACCCGCUCCUAUGCACUUUCACCUUAUGUAAGGAUUUUGUGCCCAAUUUGGUCUUUAAAUGCCUUGUUUUGCUGCCUUGUUGAAAGUAGCUGCUUAUUAUCAAAGUGGUAUUUUGGGGGUCAAGUUCAGCAGCUUCAGUUACCAAAGUCACCAAAACAUUUUGUUUCUAACAUUUUAUUGAGUCUCUAAAAUGUUUUGAAAUAUGUAUUUUAUUUUUAAUGUGAAUCUAAAAUUGCCUUGCCUAUCAGUAUGAAUGUUAGAAUUCACAAGUUUAUUCACAACAGUUUUCUUAAAAUUAUUUUGGAUUGAUUUAACUAUUUGAUGACUGCAACCAGAAUAGCUUAUUUCUAGGUUUUGUGGUUAAUACUGAAUCCUGUAUGCAUCAGUUUGAUGCUUUUUACUGUGAUGCAUAACCUGCCAUUUUAUUUUUCCAAAAAUGUUCAGGUUUGCAGUGGGUAUCCAGACAAGUUUGUUAAAUGUACACCAGUUGCCUUUUUUCUUGCUGUUCUGUAAUAGAACAUAAAAAGCCAUCUCAAUGUUUCAAUAAUUAAGGGACUUUAUUCUUUUAGCUACUUAUAAAUGUGUUUCACUCAGGAUUCAUGUUCAGAAACAUGACAUCAGAUUUUAUAUUUACAACCUUGUGCUAGUGCUAGAUGUUCAUUUUUAAAUAUACUGCCUUUCUCUUUAUAUGUAAACUUCAGAAGAAUUAAAGGAUUGUUUUCUAUAAA